ACCUUCCAGCCCUGACAGGCCAUGGUCUCUCUGCAGGUGCCCCCGGCCUGCCUCCCUCAUGGCGUUGGAUGACUCUGGCCCUGCUGAUUCUCUGCCUGGGGAUGCUGAUUGGGCUGACUGUGUUGGGAAGCAUGUACAGCAGGCAGCAGGCUCUCUUGCAGCAAAUAACCCAAAAGUACUGCCAGGAGUUAAGCAGCAAGCCAGGAGGUCACAAAUGCAGCUCCUGUGAUCACAACUGGAGAUUCCACGGAGGAAAGUGCUAUGGCUCAUUUAAGAAUAACAAAACAUGGGAGGAAAGUAAAAAGUACUGCGAUGACCGCAACUCCACUCUCCUGAAGAUUGACACUCAAGAAGCUUGGAAUUUCAUCCAAGGGAGACCUGAUUUCACUCGCUGGAUCGGAUUGUCCCGCCCAUCCUCCGGUGGGCGGUGGACGUGGAUGGACCACUCAGCUCUCACCGACAACUUGUUUGAGUUGUUGGGAGAUGGAGACGAAGGUAAGCACUGUGCCUCCAUCCGGAAGAAGAAAAUCUCCACUACAUUCUGUAGGGAGUUACACUACUAUAUAUGCGAGAAGGUGGGCAUCGUGAAAGUCGACCAGCUGGUGUAAUGCUUAAGAUGCCAAGCAGAGGGGAACAGACUGCAUUUGAAAAUAAACAGCGGCGUGCAUUGUGGGGGACAGGGAAAUUCCUGGGAUCCUUAAGCCUCGGAGAGAA